AUGAGCUUCAGCACAGUCUCAGGUAGUUCUUCCAUGAUGGUGGGAGCUAAGAGAGAUUAUAUAGUCUCUCGCGACGACUACAACAACGACUACGACAAAUCCGUGAUGCAAACACCAACACAACCAUCCUCAAGCAAAUAUAUUGAGGCAAAUGAGAACAUGAACACAUCAAGCUCCAAGAAAAUGAGAGGAAGACCCAUAGGAUCAAAGAAUAAGCCAAAAGUAUCAACAAUUAUUAAGGAAAACAAUGGAAGCAUGAUGGAAGCAAUUGUGAUUGAAAUAUCAGCUGGAAAAGAUAUUGUGGAAACACUCAUAAACUUGGCUCAUACACGUCAAGCUAACUUAACAAUAUUGAGUGGUUUUGGUCUUGUUUCUGAUGUUACACUUUUGAAUCCUGUUUCUCGUUCCCCUUCUUUCCUUAAAGGUCCAAUAUUCCAAAUGAUGUCUCUCUCUGGCACUUACAUCAAUGCUAAUUGUGCUUAUGUUCCUCCUCGUUUCAUCACUCAACCAAGAUGUUCCUCUUUUUCCAUUUACCUAUCUGCUGGUCGUGGACAAGUCUUUGGUGGCAUUGUUGGUGGUGAGAUUAAGGCUGUUGGUGUUGUUAGGAUUACUGCAACUCUUUUUGUAAAUUCUGAGUUUCAUAGAAUGGCCAUCAUCAAUCAAAUUUUUCAUGAAUUUGAAGAAGAUGCUAGUGCUAGUGGUAAUGGUAAUGGUAAUGGUGGUGGUGUCAUCACAAAUGUUGUGACUCCAUUCAACAAUAACAACACUUCCAUUCAUGCUUUGGGAUUUGGUCUUAUGUCUGCCAAUCAACAGAUUAUUCCAACUCCUCCUCCUCCUGUUCCUACUGAUGUCAAUGUCAUAUGGUGGAACCAUUCCCCUCGUUUUAAUCAAUCUUAA